AUGAGUGCCACCAAAUCACAUCAAGCAACAUCGGAAGAAAUUGAAUUUGGAAUUCACAUGAGAGAAGCUCUUGAAUCAUCCCUUCGAUUAGACAAGUAUCCAAAAAGUGUCAUUGAUGUUUAUUGUUUUGUUUUAGAAGAUGAUGGAAGUGCAUUGAGUGGAGCCAUAAGUUGUGCCUCACUUGCACUUGCAAAUGCAGGAAUUGAAAUGGUGGACAUGGUGAGUGCAUGUACAACAAGUGAAUUGGAAGGUCAAAUUGUUGUGGAUCCAACAAGUCAUGAAUAUAAAUAUGCAAGUGGUGGAAUGGUGUGUGGAUUUAUGAGCAAUUUGAAUGAAGUCACACAAUUAACACAAGUAGGAGAUAUGUCUUUUCAGAAAGUGAGUGAAGCUAUGGAUUUGUGUAUUGAUGGAUGCACGAAAUUGUAUCAAUUAAUGCAACAAUGUUUAAUUGAGAGUAUGAUGAAUACGCGAACAACAAUAACAACGAGAGAAUAA